GUAGAUUUGUUACGUGCAUUCUCAGGGUAUCUAUGCAGUGCAUAUAGUACAUCAUUGACUAGUAAUUCACUCCCUCCAUCCCAUAAUAAUAUAAGAUGUUAUUACUACCAAUAUACUCACAUAUUGGUAGUAGUAACAUACUAUAUUAUGUAUAUUGGUAGUGGUAACAUAUUAUAUUAUAGGAUGGAGGGAGUACCUUUGACUCUGCCAUCAUAUAUAUUAGAAGAGCUAUAUUGCAAUUUCACACACGAUUUUACAAUGUGAUUGAACUAUUUCAAUAUGAGGUCAUGGUUCUAGUCCUGGAAACAACCUCUUUGCAGAAAUGUAGGGAAAGAUUGCGUAUAAAAGAGCCAAAGUGGUCGGACCCUUCCCCGGACCCUACACAAGCGGGAGCUACAUGCACUAGGCUGCCCUUAAUUGCUCUUGUCAAAGACCUUCGAUUCUAUACUGUGCUGAUCUUUCUGUCGGACUUUCUGAUCCUCCUAGCCGCACCCUGGCGAAAUCCGUUUUAAACCUUGAAUUUGUAUGGGUGGUCGAAAUCAAACCCCAACAUCUCAAUCCUUGAAAUCCCCAUUUUCUAUUGUGUGACUCAUGACCUUAUCGCUCACCUCCUCACAAAGGACCUUGCCGCCCACCUUAGGGUCACAUCACAACGCCACCGCCGACAUGAAAGGCGCACCUCUUCUUCAUGAGUCGCAAGUUCGCGCUUCUCCAACUGUCACGGUCGCCCUUGUCCCCAGCACGCUACUUUGACCUCUUUCGAGUUUCGCCUACGUUGUCGCCUCCCUGAGCCAACGCUGGUGACCGGAGACAAACCCUUAGAAUCAUCGUCAGACCACAUCCAAUGGCAUGCCUGAAUUAGUGACCAAUGGCCUCCCCGGUGCCACGUGUACAAUCCUUGUUUGGAAAAUGACGUAAACCCUAGUCUCCCUGGCGCCACCUAUGCGAUGCUUGUUUGGAAACCGGCGUAAGCCCUGGACUCCCCGGUGCCACCUAUGCGAUCCUUGUUUAGAAACCGACGUAAACCCUGGCCUCCCCAGUGCCACAUAUGCAAUCCUUGUUUGGAAACUGGCGUAAGCCAUGGACUCCCUGGCGCCACCUAUGCGAUGCUUGUUUGGAAACCGACGUAAGCCCUAGCCUCCCUGGCGCCACAUAUGCAAUUCUUGUUUGGAAACCCACGUGAGCCAUGGCCUCGCCGGUGCCACGUAUGCAAUCCUUGUUUGGGAACUGACGUAUGCCCUCGCACUCCCCGGUGCCACGUGUGCAAUCCUUGUUCGGCAACAGACUUAAGCGUGCUACUGGUCGGGAUUGUCGAUUUCAGGGAUUCGGAGGCGAGGGUUCGAUUUCGACGAGGCGUGCGAGUUGAAGGUUUAUUUCGGACUUUACUCCCGUGUGGGCAAACUAGCUGGCCCCACCAGUCAGCGAGGGGGGCAUGGGUGGGACAAACUGGUAGGCCCCACCGGUCAGCGAGGGGCAUGGGAGGGACAAACCGGCUGGCCCCACCGGUCAGCGAGCGGCGCACGGGGCCACCGUCCACGUGAACCGCACCACCCACCGAGAAAGAAAAACCGAAGCCACCACCACCCAUACGAUAUUGGCCUGGCGCUUAUCCCCCCCGCGCCUCCACCACCCGCCGCCGCCGCCAUUUACUCCACCACCACUCCCUCCCCCUUUCCCCCCUCCCCAGAUCCAGAUCUGAACCGCCGCCCGCCGCCGAGGGGCCAUCAGCGAUGGAGGCGAGGAAGAGCGCGCCGGGGCAGCCGUGGUCGGACGGCGAGACCAUGCACCUCAUCGACGUCUACGAGGACCGCUGGACCAAGCUGCGCCGGGGCCAGCUCAAGGCGCACCAGUGGGAGGACGUGGCUGGCGAGGUCACCCGCCGCUGCGGCGGCCAGCGCAAGACCGGCACCCAGUGCCGCCACAAGCUCGAGAAGCUCCGCAAGCGCUACCGCACCGAGGCCGCCCGCCCCGUCACCUCCCUCUGGCCCUUCUUCCGCCGCAUGGAGCGCCUCGAGCGCGGCCCCGUCCCCGUCUCCACCAACUCCUUCCCCGCCUCCCCGCCCGCCUCCGACGACGACCAAGACCAGGACCUGGACCCGGAGGAGGAAGAAGAAGAUGAAGAGGAGCAGGAGGAGGAAGACGAGGAGCAGGAGGAGGACCAAGAAGAGGAGGAGGAGCAAUUGCUCGUCGCCAGGAACACCGGCAGCCACACCAGGAGCAUCAACGGCCUCGUGCGCGACGCCGGCGGCUUCAGGGGCCAUCAGCAGCAGCAGCAGCAGCAGCAGCAACGCCGCCCUUCGCCGCCGGCUGUGACACUGUCCACCGCGCCUCCGCGCAAGAGGGUCUCCUACGAGGCCGCCAUGUUCCAGUCCAAGGCCGCCGCUGCAGACAGGGCCAUCAAGGCCGAGGAGGCUCCCGCCGUGGACCACGGCUCCGUAGCAGGCGUGCUGAGGGACAUCGGCGAGGGAAUCAAGCGGCUGGAGAGGCGGAGAAUGGAGGUGCAGUGGGAGAUUGAGCAGGGUUGGAAGGAGACGGAGGCCCGCAGUAAUCAGAUGCUCCAGGACGCCCAGCGGCAGUUACAGGACACUCUCGCCGCACUGCCGCCGCCGGGGAAGAAGGCCAGGAGGGACCAUGGCAGCAGUGCAGACGGCUUGUAGGUAGCUAGCUAGCGAUCGAUCAAUCGAUCAGGGGACAGAUAGGCUGAAGCUGUUUAUUUUCUUAUCUGGUGGUAGUGAAGGGAGGGAAAGAGAUUGUUCCUAGUCUUCAUCCUCUGCUCAGGAUGUAUGUAUUUAGUUCUCGUCGUGAACGAUUCUGACCAUUGUUGCUUGGAGUACUUCGGUACGCAUGGCAAACCAUGCUUCUUACCAGACCAGUUGCUUA